CGUGUGACGAAACAGGAAGUCCUCACAUUUAACAAACACACCACGGAUGUAUAAUAACAACGGGAGGCUAACAAUCAAAGAGGAAGAGAGAAGCCUAAUGUUUUGACGUUUUUUAAGAGUUAAUACGAUGGAUAACAUGGUGACAGACAACAGGGAUGAACCACAGACGGACUUCAUCUACUGUUGUGGAGCCAUCACAGAGAUUCUUAAAUUUGGCUCCUGUCAGUUACACUCUGGGCACAAGGUGCUUUUUCUUAUUAUUCCAGGUAACCCAGGUGUAGUGGGCUUCUAUAGAACCUUCAUGCAAACACUUCACAGUAUGUUUGAAUACCGCUAUCCAGUGUGGGCUGUAAGUCAUGCUGGUCACUGUGUACCACCAGACUAUAUGGAUAUGGUAGAAGAUGCCUUCUCAGCAGCAGAAGAUGACGUGUUUGGCCUUAACGGCCAGAUUGAACACAAGCUGUCCUUCCUCAGGCAACAUGUUCCCAGAGAAACCAGCCUGGUCCUGGUUGGACACUCCAUCGGCUGCUACAUUAUUCUCAACAUGAUGAAGCAAAAUCCUGAACUCAAGAUUAUAAAGGCCAUUGCAUUGUUUCCCACCAUUGAACGCAUGGCUCAGACUCCUCAGGGGAAGGUUAUGACCCCUGUGCUGUGUCAUAUGCGUUAUGUGGCCUACCUGCCUCUCUUCCUGCUCUCUCUGCUGCCGGAAGAACUUAAAGCCAGCCUGAUCAAGCUAGUGUUUGGUGGCAUCCGCUCUCUGGACCACACUGUUGUCCAACCUACUGUAGGUCUACUCAGCGGUGACUGUGCAGCCAAUGCUAUGUACAUGGGGGGUCAGGAAAUGAGGAAUGUUCGGGAAAGAGACAACAGAACUAUCAAGAAAAACCUUGAAAAGCUCAUAUUUUAUUACGGAGCUACAGACCACUGGUGCCCUGUUGAAUAUUAUUACAACAUCAAGCAGGAUUUCCCACAUGGAAAUUUCAGACUGUGUGAAAAUGGGUUCCGCCACGCUUUUGUCCUGGAUGCAGGAAGAGAAGUUGCCAAAAUGGUGUUUGAAUGGAUCAGUGGAGAUUUGGGGACAUGAGUUCAAUCUUUGCUUUCAAGACCAGGAGUUUAUUUUUAUCAGCAGAGAUUGGGGAAUUAAAUUGAGAAUGCAAGCUUAAUGCUCAACAAAUAUCAAAAAUGAUUUAGAUAUUUACUGUGUAUUGAGGUUCAAAUGUUUAUCCUGGUGUAAUGAGGUUCAUGAUGUUCAUCCUCCAUGCCUUUUCUUUUUAAUUUAUUGUAUUUUUUUAUUGGUCAAUUUUAUUGUGUUAUGAAACAUCAUUAGAUUGUAAUGGAAUCUGAUUGAGAAAGUGAUGAACCAUUCAGCCGCAGGAGGCAAUGUAGGUAAGGCACAAAAAGGUAAAUGUAGGAUCACUGGUUUAUUUUGGUGUCAACAAGAUGGGCCUCAAGACAACGGCUGAUUGGGUAGGUGUUGGAGUUUGGCUAGAUAUAAUUUUAAAAAAAGAAUACCGGUACAAUUUUUAGUUGAUACCUGAAUUACUUUCAAAACUGGUAACCAAUGGACAAAUGUAAUGAUCUAACUUAUCCAUGAACCUUUAACAAUGCUAACUUGGAUUGAAACACAGACACAAAUAGUGUAACAGCUAAUGUGCUAAACAAGUUUACAAGAGGUUUAAUAAGAAAAGUCAUAUUGUGAUUGUGUGACCUAUUGUAUAUGGGUAGCCUUCUCGCUGGGCAAGUCACGUUUAGGUGGAAUUCAGUGACAUACAAUGAAAUUGCAGUUAAGUUUUCCCCUGAAUAUUUAUGAAUGAUUAUCUGGUUUGAAUCCCAGUAAUCCUGCGACACAUUAUCAAAGACAGAGAUAUUUAUGAAACAAGAAUUAUUAAAUCCCAUUUUGUUAUGCUUUUCUCUUUUCAAAUUAUCAUUUAAAUGUAGUGGAAGAGGGAGGUGAGUGCACAUGUUUUUGAUAUUUUAAUUUAUUUAGUACCUCAAAAUAAAUAACCAUCAAAUCUACUCCUUGUAUUGACCUAUGCUCUGAAAAAUGUGGCAAUAAUAGCCGGCUUGGCUCUCAUCUCGGCACCAGCAUGAUAGCACCAGCACCUGCUAUCCCGGACUUGGGGCCUCAUGUAUAAACGUGGCAUACGCACAAAAGAAGACAUACACCGCUCUCGACGCAAUUAAUUUUAAAAUAGACGAUAAAGCAGGUGUUCAAAAACUUGUCAUGCAAUAAAAUGCAAAUUAAUUAUUUAAAAAUCAUUGUUCAUUAAACACAAAGUCCAGUGACUCAUCGACCCUGGGUAAUGGAUAUGCGUUGUUUUUUUCACACUGUUUUGCUUUCUGUAGUCCACACAGAAUCUCAUUUUGUGGCUCCUCUUUUUCGAAACCAUCAGCACUCCCGAGGCCCAAGUGCUGUCUGACGAUUCUGUCUCCAAAGGUCUCACCGCCGUCAACCUGUCUGUCCCCUCCCCCAUAGUUGACUGGGCUGGGGGAGAUGAACUGUGCAUUUAUUUAAGGAACACAGCUUAACUCCGGUCACUGUUGUGACUACGCCAUACGUUCAGUCGCCAUACAUUCAGGGCAACCAGCUCAGGUUGUCUCCCCCCUCCUCUCAUGCGAGACAAUUUGUGUUUUUUUCAAAUUUAUAAAACAAAUCAAAACUUACGAAAGAGGGAUGUCGCUAAACUUACCUCACACAUAAAUAGUCUUCUGCUGGUUGUACUACAUUGCUUACUUAAACAAAAUAGGCAUAAGCAUAACUUUUGGUAAUAUGCAUAUACUUUUGGAUAUUUUAAUAAUUAAAUAGAGUUGUGUCUCUAAACUUACCUCACACAUUCUUGUUCUCUAUUUUAUAAAGGACAACACACAUUAAUUAGCAUCUCUGUAAAUGUGCCAGUGUUAGCCAGCUGGGUUAUUUUCAACUGUAGGCCUUUGGCCAAAGGAUUUUAGACCAGAGCAACAGGAAACAAAACAUUAUUACAGGUUAAACUAUACAGACAGAAGUCAAAAAGACACCAUACAGAUGCUAAAGCAACAAAUAAGCUUUCUCAGUAAGCCAGCAAAAAGCAGGAAGCAGCAAGACCAUUGAGUCUAAGAAGCUAUGCAAGCAUCAAAACACAGCCAAGCAACACAUACCCAAACCAUUUACUUGCACCAUGCAAAACAGUAACAAACAGUAAUCAAUGAUGAAAUAGGCUGCAUCACUCAUUAGGGAGGUGUUACUACAGCACAGGUUAAUAGGAUGGUAAAAUAGUUAAACUACAAGUUAAUCUUUCAUACAUACCCAAGGAAAUGUAGAGCAGGAUAUAUUUGACACCGGGCAAGACAUCAAACAUGCUAGCAGCAGGUCAACAGUGAUAAGAGCAAUAAUAUAAAAACCAGGAGAUAAAAAUGUUAACAAUUUCGACUUUACAAGAGUUAGACCUUGAGACUUUGUGUGAAAUUAUGGUAGGUGGUGCAGUUUCUUGUUUCAUUUGGUAGAGUUUUCCACCUAUAAUGUAUUUCUAUUGCCAUAACAUGGUACCUGCUUGACUCGGCGUCUUGUCCUCCUGUUUGCAUUCCAUGUGAGACGAGCAUGGCUGGUCUUCAUAGCAGGAAACAGCCGUGACCUAACGCGACACACACACAGAAUGUCGAAGGUGUGUUGCUUUUAAUUCUCAGCAUGUGGCUGUUGCCACAGCCAGAAGAAAAAGUUAGUUAAAAAAAAAACACUGGCUACACUACUUAAACACAGUGGUUUUGUACAGGACACCCUUGUCUGUCACUAGCAAUGAUGGCAAAUGGCCGUGAAUAGUGACUCUUCUCUCCAACCGAUCAGUUCACGUCACCUUUUGGUAUUGCCUCAGCUAUAUUAUUACCCAAAAUUAUGAUUAUGCUUACUUUUGAAAGGUAAGUGCUACUAGAGUACAACCAGCAGGGGGCUUCUAUGUGUGGUAUAGUUUUGGAGACAUGCUUCUCUGUAAUUAUUACAUAAAUUACAUUUUUUUGGCAAACAAUAUUUCCCAAAAUUAUGCAUAUGCCUAAUUUAAAAAAAUAAGUAUUGUAGUACAACCAGCAUGGGGCCUUCUAUGUGUGGAGUAGUUUUGGAGACAUGACUCUGUGUAAUUACAACAUAUUAGCACAGAGCCCGUUGAAAAUGUGCUAGUUUGGAACGGGCGAUUGCUUGGCCUGUGGUAUUGCUGCUUGUAGAAUUCUUUAAAACCAAAUUCUACCC